GUUUCAUCUUUUUUUAGAGUGCGCGUGAACACUCACAGACUCUUAGUAUUAGAGUGCUAUCGCGUUUAGUGAGUGAACACAAUGUAAUAUACUUGCGGUUUUAGUGAUUUUGUGUUAGUAUUAAUCAAAAUGAGAAGAAAAUUGCAGAAGAUCCUGCAAUAAUCUUCAAGGAGGUAGUAAGGAAGACGAAGUGCGGGCCCGCCCACAAGACGGGCCCGCCACUGACAAUACGACUUCAUAAAAAUUCAUAAAUUGGACAUAGAAAAUGGAGUCGUUCGAGUCACUGCUGACGUGUUGUGUCUGCUUGGAUCGGUUUCGAAAUCCAAAGCUUCUACCAUGUCAGCACAGCUAUUGUAUGGAACCGUGCAUGGAUGGAUUAGUCGACUACGUUAGACGACAGGUGAAAUGUCCGGAAUGCCGUGCCGAGCAUCGUAUCCCAUACCAGGGAGUCCAAGGCUUUCCUACAAAUGUUACCCUGCAAAGAUUCUUAGAACUACAUGCUCAAAUAGCUGGGGAGCUUCCAGAUCCAACUGCAGGGCAAGUUAUGGAACGCUGCAAUGUAUGCUCUGAAAAAGCAUACUGCGCUCUUUGUGCUCACUGUGAAAAGAAAGUUUGUGAGGAAUGUAAAUCAGCUCAUAUGGAAGUCCUUCGUAGGGAAAUAACGAGAAUAAAUAACCAAAUCCGACGUGGUGUUCAUAGACUACAAGAUAUUCUUGGCGUAGUUGAACGUAACACUGCUAAUUUGCAAAGUAAUUGCAGUGCAGUUGCAGGAGAAGUAGAUGAAAUACACAAAAGAUUGGCAAAAGCACUAAAAGAUCGCACCGAUUUUUUGCGAAAUGAAGUUGACCGUUACUUAGCAACGGAGUUAAGAAAUUUAACCCACCUUAAAGAUAACUUAGAAUUAGAACUAAGCAAUAUUCAAAGUAACUGCGAUCUCGCUGAUAAAUAUAUGAAUGAUGAUGUUGAUUGGGAUGAUACAGAGUUAGUUGACACCAAAGAGAUAUUCCUCAAAACUGUUGAAUUUUUGAGGAAUUACGACUAUGAAGGUGGUGAUUAUAAUCGUAGAAUAAGAUUUAUUAUGACUCAUGAUCCAAAUCAACUAGUUAUGCACGUAGCUAGUUAUGGCGAGUUAAAUAUCAGCCAACCAAGUGCUUAUUCAACCAGCUUACAACCUUCACAAGGAUUAACCAGAUCCAAAAGCGACCAUCGAUUGGCAACUCAAUUCCGUCAGCAAGAAGAAAGUAAAAAUUACUAUGAUAAUGAUGAACCCAUUUUAGGUGGUCGCAAAUUUGGUGAAAAGCGUCCACCACCUGUAGAAAGACCUACUAGAGACUAUGGUGCUACAGAUGACUAUAGUGGGUAUGAGUCAGAACACAGACCAUCACGUAGGUUCAGAUCUAGAUUUGUUAGAAGUCAUCAACAAGAUAAUGAUUCUGAUACAGAACCUGCCACCAGAACUGUAAAGUCAGAGCAAAAAGAAAAAGAAAAAGUUACGGAUACUGAAGAUGCUACUCGAGGACCACUCAGUGGAAUUUUCAGACUCAAUGACUGCCCUCGUGUUAUGCAAAGGAUACUUGAUGUAGAAAGCGGUAAGAAGAAAGAGAAAAAAGAACAACCUCCUCCACCAAAACCUGCUCAAUCAACUCCUCAACCACAACGCCGACCACCAGCACCAACAAGGCAACAGAGUGAAGAUGAUGAAAUUACCCGACUAAAAAGGCAAAAUAAAGGUGCAGCCACUUCGCAAGAACCCGAAAGAACUGCUCAACGCGCUGUCGAUGAAGAGAGAACUUCAAUUACACGUAAACCUCCAACACCAGCCCGGGAGGCAUCCAGUGACGGAGAAUCAGAUGAAUCUGUUACCACACGUCAGCGAAAUCUGCGUAAGGUUACAGCACCAGCACCUAAGCCUGCAGCAGUAACACGACGACCGUCUGCUUCAGAAACGCCUACAGCUCAUCGACUUCCAGCCCGAGGAGCAAGCACAGAAUCGAGCGCAUCUACGGAAAGCUCCGGCUCGGCGGUAAAACAUACAGGUGCGAUAUUGUCAAUCGCAGAAUUAAAAGCAAAAUAUAACAGUGAUGGACUUCCACCAAAACCAAGCAAUCAUUUUUUGUCCACAGGAAGUGAAAGACCUACUCCAGCAACGACCAAUGGAACUAGUGGGGCACAACGUGUACAAAGCAGAUUCAUAGGAUCUCAACGACCAACACCUGCUCCAGCGCCCGCCGAGCCGGCUCAUGAAGACUCAGACACAAGCUCUGAAGAGGAAACUGAUUCAUCAGAAGAAAGUGAAGAAGAAACAACAACACAAAGAAAGCCCGAGAGUCAAGGAAUGGCACGAAGUGAUAUUGGUCCACUAUUAGCACGUAGCACUAAUGCACGAAAUGAUGCUCAAGACAAUAAGGCAAAGGAACCACCGACACAGCCACGCUAUCGAACUCGACCAGCGCAGCCCGAGGAAGAAAGUACAGCACGAUAUGGUUCUAGUGGUUCAUCAUAUAGUAACCGUUAUGGCAGUAAGCCAAAAGAAGAAGAAAAAACAUCCUCUUUCGAUGAUGAAACCAAAUACCCAACAGCACGGUCACGGUAUCUAGCCUUAAAAGAACGACGAAAUCGUCUAGCUAGGAGUAAAAGCAGUCACACUGGUUUUGGUGCGGCUGAUGAUGAUGAACAAGAAGAUCCUGUAUCACCUACGACCGCAUCUCCCUCUGCAUAUCUUGCGGCUCGAUACGGCUCUGGCACAGGAGGCUCAGAGCUGUCUCGAAGCCGAUCAUCACAUGCAUUAAAGUCCAGAGAGAGCUCACCCGAACGCCCAACUACUGGUGGAGAAAAAGAUGGUGCAGCCUUGAGCUCUUGGGCAAGGUAUCUGAAAAGUAAAUAUGGCUCGCGAGGUAAGGAGCGUGAUACAAGCGGAUCUUCUUCGAGUGCCUCACGACGCCUUUCUCUCGGGCUACCUUUGCGCUCAGCAAAUGAGCUUGCCAGUUCUGAUGAUGAUUCAAAAAACGCGGCAGGCUCCCCCAUCUCCCCUACGGCGGCUACAGCAGCGGUAGCAGGUAUCGCAGCAGCCGGUUCCUCCCCUAGGAGCCAGUAUCUGCAAAAACGCCGUUUACAAUUCAGCGUGGGGAGUCGGGGGAGCGAACCAGGUUAUUUUACAUGGCCUCGUGGUAUCGCUGUAGGUCCCGACAACACUAUGGUCGUGGCUGAUUCAUCAAACCAUCGUGUUCAGGUAUUCGACUCUAAUGGAAUCUUCGUGAAGGAAUUUGGACAGUAUGGCAGUGGUCAAGGAGAAUUUGAUUGUUUGGCUGGUGUAGCAGUCAACAGAAUUGGACAAUACAUCAUAGCUGAUAGAUAUAAUCAUCGUAUACAGGUGUUUGAUCCAGCGGGUCGGUUCUUACGUUCGUUUGGCAGCCAGGGAACUGGCGAUGGCAAAUUCAACUACCCUUGGGGAAUAACUACUGAUGCUCUCGGAUUUAUAUACGUAUGUGACAAGGAAAACCACAGAGUACAGGUAUUCCAAUCCGAUGGCACAUUUGUUGGAAAAUUCGGAUCUUUCGGUUCAAAACUUGGACUUCUCGAGCACCCUCACUAUAUUGCCGUAUCGAACACUAAUCGUGUGCUGGUGUCCGACUCGAAUAACCAUAGGAUCCAGGUCUUUGACGUCAACGGGCGGUUCCUCUCCUCAUUUGGGGAAGAAGGAUCCGAGGAUGGGCAAUUCAAAUUCCCAAGGGGAGUUGCGGUUGAUGACCAAGGCUACAUCGUCGUAGCAGACUCUGGAAACAAUCGUAUUCAGAUUUUCCAUCCCGAUGGAGCUUUCCUUCGAGCCUUUGGUUCUUGGGGUUCUGGAGAUGGCGAAUUCAAAGGAUUAGAGGGCAUCGCAGUCAUGUCUAACGGAAACAUAAUAGUAUGCGAUAGAGAAAACCAUAGGGUACAAGUUUUUUGAGAAUACUCAUAAUUUUUUUACUGCCGUUACUAAUGCAACUUUUUGUUAUGUUUUUUCACAAUUUAUUAAUUAAAGGGUAUAUCUCAUAAAUGAACAAUACAUGAGUGAACAAAUUAUUUUAGUUUUCUUAAAAAUAUAAGAUUUUUUUUAUAAAAGUUCUUUUUUAUAUUGGCUUAAGAUUCAUUUUUGGUUUUGGAUUUCUAUUCUGUUGGUUUAUUAGAAAAAUCGAAAAAAUAAGUGUUAAAAAAAAUAUUGAUUAAAAAAAAGUCAAAAGUUACAAUCGAUUUUUUAAUAAUCUCACUUUAUCAUGAUUUAUUUUCUGGAAACAAAACAUUUUUUUUUAAAAAGCCAAUAACUCAUUUGAUUUCCAAUCUUUUCGUUUUUUAAUUAACUACAAUUUUUCAUAUGGAUAAAUAUUAAAUAAAAACUAUCAACAAGAGAAAAGAAAAUUAUUCGUAAUAUAACAUAAUGAACUUAUUUGAAUCGGCAUAACAUAGCUCCUUUGACGAACAAUAAUAAUUUCACUUUCACUCCUUUCACCCUCUCUCUCUCAAGAUUGACUGUUUUCUACUUCCUGAACUCGCUUAUUGUCAGACCCGGAAGAAAGUAUUAUUGUCUAGAUACAGAAAUAUUUGUUUAAAGUUUCUGGUUAUGUGUCUUUUUUUAUUCCAUGUCCAAUUUUUCCAUCGAAGACCUCUUAGUUUUUUAUGUAUUAAUUUUUUUUAUUAUAAAAAUAUUAAAAAUAAUAAAGUACACUUUUCUUCUCUGAAAUUUUAGUCGAAUAAAGACCGGGAAAGGAAUAUCUAACAGUAAAUAUGAACCUCUGUUAAGCAAACAAUCCCAGGGGCUGUUAACUGACCUGAAUUAAAUUUCUUUGAUCCGCAUCAUAGUUUCAAAAUGUAUAAUUUCAUGCAUAAGUUCCACUGCGAAGUAAAACUAAACUACAUUACUUAUUUGGCUACGGAAGCUGUAUUACGCUGCAAGUUGUAUUAAUGAAAGACGUUAUUAAAAAAAAGAUGAUUGUAUUUCUGGAUAAGACUUAUGAGAGACUAACGAUAAUCGAGCUUAGGAUAUUUGACGAUCAUAUGUCGCUGACAACAGAUGUCGCUGUGUGUCGAUGGAGAAAAACAUUAAAAUAAAUAUUAACUUGCUUCUUAGUAAACUUAACUGAUAUUAUUAAGUAACCAAUUACGCCACACAUGUUUAGUGCGCGGUCGCACGGAUAACACGCUAAACGCAAAGGCAAAAAUAUGAACCUGUUGGCGCUUGCGCUUAGGUUACAAAAGAGUCACGCAGUGCAGUUGUAUCCACACUUCAUAUAAAAAAUUGUGAACCUAAUUUUAUAACAUAAUAAGAACGAGAAGUGAGAAACGAGUGCUCUCCUUAAAUAUCGUUAGUUGCUGACCAGUCAUACUGUGGACCAUCUCCAAAAUACCUAUCUAAACUUUGAGUAAUAAUCUAUAACCACUUGAUUAUUGGUCAAGCAAUUCAGUUCGUUGCUUAUUUGAAUAUUACUCCAGUCUUCCAAUAUCAAACUUGUAGCAUACUUGAAGAAAACAGAGCAUACAGUAAAUAUCUAUUUCCUCAAUUAAAACUUAUUGCUUCUAAAAAUAAUAUAUACGACGAAGAAGAAGUGCUUUGUGAGUGUCUUGAAGUUAAAAAAAACUGGUAUGGAUCUCGUACAUUCAUGUCUACAUUAUCAUUGCAUUAGUUUCUUUUGUAAUAUUUGUAUUUUCAAAUUAUAAGUUAAAUCAAUUUAUAUAAUAAGUCACAAAAUAAUGAAAAUAAAUAAGAGAAGAAGAAAUUAUUUAUGUUAAUAUUGUUUUGUUUUAACUAAUUCAUAAUAUAUAAUCUAGUCACUUUAGAUUUAAUGGAAAUCAACGCUGAAAAUUGUGAAUUAAUAUAAAAUAUUCUAGAAAUUUUCAUAUUUUUAAGAGGUACUAUUUACGAUGUUUUAAUGAUUACGUACUAUCUUGAAAUGUUUGGAAUAAGUGAAAACUCUAACACAAUUUUUCAGAAAAAACUGUUUGACACCUUGAAAAAUCUCAAAUAUUAUCUACUCCAAUAUGACAUAAUGUUAAUAAAAUCUACAUUGUACUUUUGAUAAUAUGUGAAUUAUGUACUGUUUGAAAUUUUAAUAAAUGAAUUUUGUUGAA